UUUGCGUCCCCCGAAUCUGCCGUCAGCCAUAGUCACCUAGUAAGUUUCUGGAGGAGGAAAGCGAGUCGGUUUCGAUGCGGAAAAAUCGUCGCUAGCUAUGUACAGUGUGUCUGUGUACCAAUUUACGUCAAUGCCGGCAACUUCAAAAGUACUGUACGGCUCCGCUGUCUAUUUCAGGUACCCCGCCCUCAUCCCUUCCUGCCGGAUUCCUCGCUAGACCUCCGCACGUGUGCACUGAUCGUGACGAGCACGCGCUGUCUGGGGUCAGUGCCAAGCUUGCGGGGCCUCGUGGCCCACGAUAACAGGUACUAACGAGUCACGACGAACAUGUGCAACUUUGCAAGCUCGUCCUCCCACUUGAAUCUAUCAUAUAUCCAUCACAGUACCUUUGAGUCAUGCACCCAGCCUUACAAAAUCUCGAAAUAAUAUGCAUGAUUAGCUCAUACGUGAAAUGCAGUUCGCUUCCCUCAUUUGCAUCCACAUGCCGCGCAUUUGAGCACCCAGCACUUAAUGCACUGUGGCGGGAUCUGCAAUCUGUGAAGCCCCUUGUCCAAUGCUUACCGGAUGACCUGUUUGGCUUUGAUGAACUUGGAGGUGUUGCAUUACAGGAACCUCUUGACGAUAGGAUGUGGCAUACUCUUUUCAAAUACACAUCCCGCGUGCACUCAAUUACUGUACCGAAUGACAUGGAGGCCAUCAACCCCGUCUGUUUACUCGUACUAUCUUGUUCUUCGGCACCUGCGUUGUUGUUUCCGAACCUCCGCAAAUUAGAAUGGCAUGCCAGUGGAACCCACUGUGCUGCAGACUUCUUGCGCAUGGUGUUUGUACCUUCCCUACUAGAGUUGAACAUGGAUAUUCCUUCAGCUUCCUCCGCCUUUUUCUCGGUCCUUUCCUCCCUCGGGACAUCGUGUCCUCGCCUCCAGAACAUGUCUUUGAACUAUGGAUUUCGGCCCCUCAUCUUAUCGUUUGAAGCUUCACCCUUCAUCACGCGACCUAUCUCUCAGCUCCACCAUCUCCACACAUUGUCGGUAUGUGACCUAGGAAUCCAAGGCAUCGAGCAUUUGACGGAGCUGCGAGCUCUGGAGUCACUGAGCUUGAAGUUCACAAUAGACUCAGCUUGGGACAUAGUGGAUUUAUCACUCUCCGGCUUUCAUAAUUUACAAUCGUUGAGCCUUUCCACUGUUACAAUGGAGCAAGCUUCGGACUUUUUGAGUUCACUUCAGUUCGUCAGAACCAAAGAAAUCAGGGUUGACUUCGAGGAUCAGGAUGAAUCCACAGCGAUACUUCGGUUAUUCGCCAUCAGCAUCUUCGCACCAUUAUACGCAUGCCGCAACCUAACUCAACUGCUUGUUGGAAGCGUCUGCUACAUUUCCAUGUCCAACAAGGAGCUGGGCCAGCUGGUGACAGCCUGGCCUAAGCUCCAAGUGCUCCAAAUCAAAUGUUAUCCCUCUGAUGAUUCCGAUUCCAUAAUACCGACGUUCCAUGGGCUAAUCACUUUACUUGGCCGUUGUCCCGCUUUGACUUCACUCACUCUUGUCAUCAAUGUCACCAAGUUAAACGGCAUAGAUCUCAAGAGUCCCGGCGGUGGAUGUCGCAACGAGCGUCUCAAAUUCCUCGCCCUCGGAAAUUCACCCAUUAAGGUCCCCGUGAACGUGGCUCUCAUCAUCAGCGGCCUUUUCCCCAACUUGAAGAAGGUUGAUUGUUGGGAUGCAUACCCGAUGGGCCAGAAGAAGUCAGUGAAGCAACAGUGGGAGUUAGUCAACAGCAUCAUUGGUGGCUUUAGCCUCGUAGAGGAGCGGAGCUUUGCAAUAUGGUCCGACCUCUAGGCGCAUCACUGGCACCUACGCUAUCUGACCAUAUACAAAUGUACACAGUAGUGCUUACAGUAUGUGCAGCUGCGCUAAAACUAUCGUAUAGUUGUAUAUAUACUGGGCUAAUGCGCUCAUAUACUGCUAGCUUUCUCUUGUUUAUAAUACGAACUUCAUGAUGCAAACCCCAUAUGCGUAGGUGAUGGGCUGCAUCUCAUUGUGUUAACGUGCCAUUUCACGGAUAUC